AUGAAUAAAUUUAAACGAAAACUUGUUUUCAAUGAAUUAUUAGAGGAACCAACGAAAAAAUUUCGAAGUUAUUUAUCUUAUGGGACUAAUGUUAUUGACAUUUUUCUCAUUAUAGACCAAUUAAUAAUAUGUCUUGAAGACUUAUCAAAUGAAAUCUUUUAUGAAAUCUUUGAUUAUUUGAAUGGUUGUGAAAUAGUGAAAGCAUUUUCUAAUCUUAAUUUUCGAUUUAAACAACUACUUUACUCUUCAUCACUUCUAAUUAAAACUCAUUUUUAUUUAUUUAAUUAUGACAAGAUGAUAAAUACAUCUAAUGAAUUAGAAAUAUUCUCAACUGAAAUAUAUUCAAAUUUAAAAAUCUUAUCUAUUCAUUGUUCAGAUAAUAUUAUUUUUCUUGACGCUUAUCGAUGGGAAAAAUUAAUUUUACAUUAUUAUCCUCAAAUAGAAAUAUUCUAUUUCAUAUAUUAUGAUCGUAUGAAUAAUGAUAAUCAAUAUUCAACAUAUUCUUAUGGUUUAAAUCAAUUUUCCUCAUCGUUUUGGAUUCAACAUAGAUGGAUAUUCAACGUACAAAUUGAUAAUACAGAUAUCAAAUAUAUGGUUUAUCCAUAUAGAAACACGUGGUAUAAUUAUAUACUUGAAGAUAAAAAUAUUCCCAUAUUCAACAUCAACAUCUUUAAAAUUGGUUAG